AUGAAGAAGAUUUAUUAUAAAAACCUAAUUUUUAAGCAGUUCCAGUUUAAACGACUUAUUAAGCAGCUGCAGUUCAAGGACAUUCAUCAUUAUCUCCAGCUCUAUAAAGCUAUAUACCAUAAAAUAUAAACUAAAAUAGCAUUUGCUAAUCUGAAGAUUAAAAACCCAUACCUAAACCUAUUAAAAUUACAUAAAAAUCAACUGGAAAAAAAAUUCUAGCUGCUACAAAAACGAACUAUUCUGAUGAAGUAGAUUAAUUAUAAAAACCUACUUUUUAAGCUUUACCAGUUCCAAAUACAAAUUAAACCGCUACAGUUAUAAGGUCAGUUUUUCCUGCAACUAUAAAUAGCAUAACAUAUUAAACACUUCAUUAAGAGAGCGAUGAUUAUUCUGAAGAUUAAAAGCGUAUUUGUUAAUAUGCUGUUGGUAAUUAAUAACCAAUAAAUGAUUUUGAAGAAGAAGAACCUUUGCAGGGUUUAUCUCAUAUUCCAAGAAAAACAAAACUUGCAGAUUUUAUAUCUUAAUCCAAAACAAAGAUAGAAGUAUUUGGACCUUUUAAACAACAAAUGUUUUUGA